AUGGCAGAGCUACUCUUAAAUAAAGUCAGUGAUAAUGUUAUUCAGCUGGCAGCAACGGUGGUCACUCGCGCCUCCAACAAAGCUGAACAAGAGGGGACAACUCCACUAAUACUAGCUGCAGCCAACAACCACCUGGAGUGUGUGAGGGAGCUGCUCCGACAGGGCGCUGACUCAGCAGCCAGGAGACUGACUGGGACUUGUGCUCUGUUCUUUGCAAGCCAGGGAGGCUUUGUGGACAUUGUGAGGCUCCUGCUGGAGCAGGGUGCGCAGGUCGACCUUCCUAGCUAUGAUGGAGGGACUCCUCUGUUUGUGGCCUGCCAGUGCAAUCACCUUGAUGUGGUGGAAGAGCUCCUGGCACAUGGUGCUGAUAUCCAUGCACAGAUGAUAGAUGGUGCGACUCCCCUCUUCAUCACAGCACAGAAUGGUCAUGUCAAGUUGCUCAAGUAUCUACUAGAGAAGGGAGCAGAUAUCAACAUGAAGAGGAAGGAUCAUGCCACCCCAUUGUGGAUAGCUGCACAGAUGGGACAUGCCCCAGUUGUCAAGGUGAUGCUGGAGUCAGGAGCAGAAGUGGAUGCCACCAGAGAAGAUGGAGCAACUCCUUUAUUCAAGGCAUGUCACAAGGGUCAUCUGGAGGUCAUUGAUGAACUGCUCAAGCACAAGCCAUGCUGCGGUCUUCUGCAGAAUGGAGAAACACCCCUCCAUGCCGCCGCACUGUUUGGUCAUUCCAAGGUCAUCAAGUUACUGCUCUCAAGAGGGGUUGAUCCCUAUGUCAAGAACAAGGAGGGUCAGACAGCAUCUGAGCUUGCCAAGGAGGCCGGUUAUGAGUACAUUGCCAAGGUUAUAGACAGUAUGACUUCCUCCACAGCCAUCACCAACAAUGGGACAGCUGACAUCAUGGAUGACUCACAUUCAAACAGCGAUGUAGCUGUCACACUCCAGAUGUAGCAUCAUGUCAGACCAGAUAAAACCGUUGCAGACUGUUGUGAACAAAUUAUAGCCCGACUUGUCUCAAGCUGCUUACUUGAACUUGACCUUGUUCUAAUGUCCAACCAGACCAGUCUGCUGCUUUGUGUAGUGUACACAUGAACAUGUACUCACGACUCUGCCAGAACAGAAACCUACGCACAGUUGAAGAAGUCUGUAAGUGGAAGCUUGGUGGGCAUCUUGUUGCUCCAUCCCUGUUCUAGACAAACACAAAUAUUACUUUGAGGAUGUUUGUCAGACUUGCUGUGAAAUAUGAACUACUGAUAAUGUUUGUGAGUACAUGUAUUUCCCAUAUCCUGAAUGGUGAAUACUUUGAACACCAGUGGAAAGUUGUUUAUUCAAUGUUCAGCCGGAGUGAAGCACAACUGUAUCACUACUGUAGAGAUUCCCGGACACUGGCAGGCAUCACCCAGACUGGGCAGCAGCUUGUUCUUCUAUUGAAGGAGGAAAGACAUUGGCUCACAAAGAAGACUGAGCAGAACGUAACAAAUGCUGAUAUGAACUACAUGUGCUAUUUAUAAACAUUAUACAUUAAAUUUUAAAUUUCUUUUCUUACUGUGCCAGUUAAGUUUCCUGUUAACUUAACUGUUAAUAUAUUUUCACCUAAUGUUCAAAAUCCCAGAUCUGAAUAUAUUUCUACAGAGAGAAUGUUUUCUGUUACCUGCGUUGUUCCAGAUUUCGGGUUAUUCUUCUUUCUUUAUUUAAUGAGUCAUAGAAGUUACCAUGACACCAUGACUGAUGCUAUCUUGAGUACCUGUGUUAUGUUACGACAAUAGUAUCUCAUGCCAUCUUUUAAAUAUCAUGUUGUGCUUGUGAGUUGUUCAAAGAGGGAUUGUUUUAAACUUUUUUUUACAUUGUCUAUGAUUUUUUAGUAAGAUUCGCUGGUGGGAACACAUGUUGGAAUAUAGAUACUGAAGAAGACUUGGUGGUGCUGUAAGGUACAGUUCUACAGCUCUUCAUGCAGCUGCGCAGUGGGGUAGCCUAAUGGUUAAAAAGUCCACUUGUCACGCGAAGACCUGGGUUCGAUUCCCCUCAUGGGUACAAUGUGUGAAGCCCAUUUCUGGUGUCCCCCGCCGUGAUGUUGCUGGAAAAUUGCAAAAGCGGUGUAAAACUAAAGUUACUCACUCACUCUUCACACAGCAGUCAGUCUCACACCAGCAGUUCUCUAUCACUAUGGUUCCAGCUAAUAGUUUAUUAUGUUCAUCAGAAGUGAAAUCAAACUUUCUCCAUGCUUGAUUAAUAUAUUCUUCAGAAAUAUCCUAGAUGCUUCUCUAAUGCUGUCUGUUCUCAUUCUGCCAGAUUCUCCCACAUCAGGGUUGCUACAUCAUGGAGUAUUGUGAUCAUUUCUUUUGUGAGAGUUGUGUCCCUUUUUAGGAUGUGAAUGGAUAAUUUUCUUAUUGUCAUAUGAAAGGUAUCUUUUUGUCAAAUCAGAGUCUUGCCAAGAUUAUUGUUGUCAUGAGUCAUAAUAGGAUUAAGCAUAUGUAAAUUAAUAAAAACAGUAUGUAUGAUUUAUUU